UUUAAAUGUUUCGUGUUCCUCCGUGCCAGUGGUCUUUGUUUUCCGUAGCCUCGUUUCAAAUUGGACAGAUGGCAGUUUUUAGGUAAUGUUACGUUAGUUUAGGUCAGCCAGCAACUAAAGGCAGGUGGAAGGAAAUUCCUGGCGCAGCGUUAGUCAGACUCCUCCAGUUUUACGGCCUCAGCAACAACAAAGCGGCCAUGACAUCCAAAGGUGCCAAAGAGACCAUUGUCAGCAAGUUGGGUUUCAAAUCCAGCAGCUCUGCCUCCAAGGCUGAGGCGGAGCUGGAGAAAGUCAGGAAGGAAAACGCUCACCUGAGGAGAAAGAUUGACGAACUGGCCAAACGACACAUCAAACCUCCUGACUCAGACAAAAGCAAGCUGCUGGAGAGGAUUCUUUCCCUUGAGACGCUGCGGGAGAGGAACAACCAGCAGUUGCUGGUUAAAGAACAGGAAUUAGAAACCUUGAGAAUGCAGCUGUCAGCAAGAGGAGGAGAGGUGGUAGCAUCACUGCAGGCGCAGCUGGAGCAGCGGAGGAAGGAGGCAGAUCAGAGAGACAUGCUGUUCCAGAGCUUGUCACAGGAGACGGAGAACCUGAGAAACCAACUGGCCACGGUUUCUGCCCGGUGCCAGUCCCUGGAAACACAGGUCACGAAUGGACAGCUACCUCCUGCAGACUUGACAUUGGUACAAGAUCAACUGAGAGACGCUCUGGAGAAGAACCAGCAGUGGUUGGUGUACGACCAGCAGAGAGAGUCCUACGUCCAGUCCGUCCUUGCCCGCACAGCGGAGCUGGAGCAGCAGCUGACCCAGGCAAAGCAGCAACAAACCAAACAAGAGGCCGGUUCAGAUGGUGAGAAAUCUUCUGCCAACUCAGCAGGUCCAGAAAAGGAUGCUCAACAGAAGAGCCAAUAUGACCAGUUGCUGUUGGGGGUGCAGAGAGAAAUUGAGAGCCAAAAAGAUCAGGUUACCAGAACCCAACAGGAGCUCAGUGUGCAGAGGGAACAGGCCUUGAAAGCUCAGGCUGAGCUGCAGUCUCAGAAGGAGCAGGUCACUAGGCUCCAGGAGGAGAUGUCAAUGCUGCAGAGGAGGUACGAGGACAAGUGCAGCGAGCUGUCGUCCUUUCUGAGGAAGUACGAAGAAAAGAGCAAAGAGUUGGAGGAGGCCAGGAUGCAGCUGCAGGCAGAGCGACUUAGCAACAGACAUGUAGUGUGCGAGGAGAGAAAGGUGUCAUCUGAGCGGGCAGACAGGAUGAGAGGGGAACUAGAGAAUAUGGACAUCAGAUUGGAGGAGGAGAGGAAGAGGUCUGCUGAACUUCUGCUCCAGGUAAAUAUGCUACAGAAGUCUCUCCUGAGCCAAAAUGAAGAACAGAGGAGAAUCGCAGCACUGGAGCAACAGAUCCAGCUCUCUGCCAAGGACUCUGAGACUGAAAAGAUUGAUCGUCAGAGCAUGCAGCACCAGUUACAUAAGGUGCUGAAGGAGCUUCGCAAGGCCCGUGAUCAGAUUGCUAAACUGGAGUCUGCUAAACAGCCGAAUGCCCGCUUCUCAGAGCCCAGCUCCUAUAACAAGCUUGAGUUUCAGCGUCUUACUAUCGAUGACCCUCCUGGCACUACAAGCCCUUCUAAAGUCACCAACCUCCUGGAUGAAAGUUUCUUAGAGUGCCCAAAGUGUCAUGCCCCUUAUCCCACCAGCCGCCACAGGGAGCUCCUGGCACACAUUGACUACUGCUUUGCCUAAGCUCACACAGAGUCUAGAUCAGUGGCUCCCAGCCUGGGUGUCGGGACAUAAAAACAUUUAUGCUACAUGCAACAAUUUUUAUUUUUUAAACUGCAGAUCUCUAAAGAAAAUCCAAAUAAAAGAGGGGGGGGGCAUUUUUUUCAACCCACAUGGAAGGCUACUUACAUGGUUGCCAACCUAUUCUUUUGUUAUGAUUUCCAAAAAGCUGAGUAAACUGCAAUGUUGCCGAGCAAGUUUAUAGUACAACUCCUGCUGUCAUAGUGAUCACUGGAUACAAACCGUUGACACGUUCUAUAACGAGACGCUGAUAUGAUGAUGGGUGUUAACAUUUAAAAUAGACAAAAAUUUAAUUUCUCACUGCAACAGCGCUGUGAUGGUUCAUCACUCUGAGAUAUUCUAAUGCUUUGUUGGCCUGAGGAUGUAUUGAGACCCCAAAAGGUGGAAUACUUUAGUCCUUAGUAAAUACAAGUAUAAUUCACAGUUGUUUGUUUUUUUUGUUUUUUUUUUAAAUAUACAUAUAUAAAAGGGAAUCAAGCGACAUUCUUAAUGUGCUCAAUGUUUUGCGUUCAAAUCACCUUAAAAGUAUUCAAAAGUGUUUCAUGCUAGAUGAGUAUGACGAUUU